AUGGAUAAGAAUGAUAAUGGUCUUUCCGGUUUCUUGACUCUUAGGUUUGAUUUUGUUCUUGGCUUUUAUCGCCAUACAUAUAACUCUCUUAUUGACAGAGUAAGAUUCUUUGCCACCAAGUUUGCUCUACAACAGUUUUCUAAUUAUUCACUCACUGACCUUUUUAGUUGGUCUAUAGUGGAGAAAUGGGAGACUGCCAUGAUUUUGCUGUAUUGGUACUGGCCUAUAGUGGAGAAAUGGGAGACUGCUCUGUACACGAUUUUGCUGUAUUGGUAUUGGUGGUCUAUAGUGGAGAAAUGGGAGACUGCUCUGUACACGAUUUUGCUGUAUUGGUAUUGGUGGUCUAUAGUGGAGAAAUGGGAGACUGCUCUGUACACGAUUUUGUUGUAUUGGUACUGGUCUAUAGUUGAGAAAUGGGAGACUGCUCUGUACACGAUUUUGCUGUACUGGUACUGGUCUAUAGUGGAGAAAUGGGAGACUUUUGUAAAUGAUUUUGCUGUAUUGGUACUGGUCUAUAGUGGAGAAAUGGGAGACUGCUCUGUACACGAUUUUGCUGUAUUGGUACUGGUCUAUAGUGGAGAAAUGGGAGACUGCUCUGUAAAUGAUUUUGCUGUAUUGGUACUGGUCUAUAGUGGAGAAAUGGGAGCUCUGUACACGAUUUUGCUGUAUUGGUACAAAUUGUCAACUUUUGCAGGCUGCCCAAUAGCUCCUUUGGUAUUAGGUGGAAGCUUAAUCGGUCAUGUUUCAUAUUGGGGUGUAGGCCCAAUAGCUCUUUUGGUAUUAGGUGGAAGCUUAAUCGGUCAUGUUUCAUAUUGGGACGUGUCGUAUACUUCAACAUCUUUUGCAGAGGUUAAAGUACUCCUCUUUAUUAGGAUGAAGCUAAAGUUGUGUCAUUUCAAAUGGGUACAGAAUCUUGCAAAUUGGAUGAAAAUUUGUUUCACUGAAUCAUCUUUUGCAGGUUGUGUUGUAUACUUCAUAGUCUAUACUGUCGUUAGGCUUUAA